UGUAAUUUCUGGCAUGAGCUUGGUACCAUGGCUUAACUUGGUUGCAGGUCUGAUGGGCAGUCCCAAUCUGCCCAUACCACCAAGCUACUAACAUCAAGCUGAGCUGGUUUUUAUCCACAGGCAUUCAUUCUGCCCUCCCCUUCUGUACACUGAGGUUCUCUAGACCGAGAUGGGGGAGCAGAGCUGGUGGCCAACGGGGUGGGGAUGGCAGCCGUCUUUCUGUCACUGGCUAGCUUCCUUUUGGCUUUCUUUCAUAGGGCAAUGCUCGGAGACCUCUGCAGGCAGUCCCGGCAUCGGAGGAGAUCCCCCCAAAGGUGGUGGUGCUGGCGGAGGCAGCAGCAGCAGCAGCGGUGGAAACAGUGGGGGCUCUCAAGGGUCACUGGCCUGCAGUGCCAGUGACCAAAUGCGCCGCUACCGUACAGCCUUCACCCGGGAACAGAUUGCCAGGUUGGAGAAAGAGUUCUAUCGGGAGAACUAUGUGUCCAGGCCCAGGAGAUGUGAACUGGCGGCUGCCUUAAACCUACCAGAAACCACCAUCAAGGUGUGGUUCCAGAACCGGCGGAUGAAGGACAAGAGGCAGCGCUUGGCCAUGACUUGGCCCCAUCCCGCGGACCCGGCUUUCUACACCUACAUGAUGAGCCACGCGGCGGCCACGGGCAACCUGCCCUACCCUUUCCCCUCCCACCUGCCUCUCCCUUACUACUCCCACAUGGGCCUUGGGGCUACGCCGGCUUCGGCCGCCGCCGCCGCCGCUGCCACCACCCCCUUCAGCUCGCCGCUGAGACCUCUGGAUACCUUUCGGGUCCUCUCCCAUCCUUACCCCAGACCAGAACUGCUCUGCGCUUUCCGGCACCCUUCUCUCUACGCCGCCCCAACCCACGGACUGAGCGGUGCCGGAGGGGGGCCUUGCUCCUGCUUGGCUUGCCACGGGAGCCAGACCAAUGGCUUGCCCCAAAGACCCGCGGGCUCGGACUUUACCUGCUCGGCUACCACCCGGUCGGACUCUUUCCUCACCUUUACGCCUUCGGUGUUGAGCAAGGCUUCCUCUGUUUCCUUGGAUCAGCGGGAGGAAGUCCCUUUAACCAGAUAAAAAGGUUCAUCUCAGGUUCUCCUUCUCCACUGCCUCAACCCCAGCCCACCCUCCGCACCCCCCACCCCUGGCCUCUUUCUUCCUCCUCUCUCUUCCAAAGGUCCUGCCGCUGAUCUAAGAACUUCCCACCCGUCUUUAUUUAAUUGCCUUGAGUGGACACUCACGGCCCGUCUGAAAAGGAAAAGGAAACGAAGCAAAAUCAAAUCCAUUUCCCCUUAAAAACAAUGGAAAGAUUUAACCUAUGGAAGGAUUUAUAUAUCGUGUGAAUCCUGGAAAGAAUACGGCUAAAUUCGGAAAGGAUUGGUGAGAGAUUUUCUCUAGGAUGCACCUAUAAGAAAGGAAGAAAGGGAAAAAAAGAAAGAAAAGAAAGAAAGAAAGCGUCAUGAUUUGCACCAUUACAAAAGAGACUGAACUUUCGCCUUGGAAGGACUUAUUUCCAGCCUAAGGGGGCAGGAAUGCCUCAAAACCAUGGCAUAAAGAGCUUAUGCAUUAACCUUGUAUGUGACUAAAAGGAAAAUACUUGAAAAGAAGAAAUUGUCGAGCCUAACAACAAAAAAUUAAAUAAAA